AUGGCGGCCUACUAUGGUCAAGCCAUCGGGAGGUCACUGAGCGGUGGCAGUAGGCUGGAGCAGAUACUUUUACCCAAUGGAGCGUGCAGCUAUCGAGACCUGAACGCCGGCGUGAAGGCCCCGACGUGUGGAUGUAGGAGAUUUUGGUUGAACAAGAGCCAUGUUGUGAAUCAAGAGAGCGAAAGAGCCUGGUGCUUUUGCGGACACCAUGCGUGCUUCCACGACAACGUUGUGCCAGCGGGCAACGCGCAAAGCAACCCACAGCCUGCUGGACUGGCUGUCAAUACGUUUCCGAGCUCGCACCAGGCUAAUGGAGCCAGCCAGAAUGGCGGAUUCGUGCCUCCGACUUGGAGUUCGCUGAUAGGAGACCAUGAUAAUCCAUAUACUGGGCAGCCAAGGCCUGCGUCUACUCGACCGACCACCGGCCUAGGGAUCAGGAAUACCACAGAACCACAGGCUGAGUCUAUCAAUAGUCGCCUGUGGUAUGCUCUCAACGGCUUUGCUCGCCUGCAAGAAGGUGGCAAUUCUGGCGACACGUCCAAACUCCCAUCGACUGCUGUGCCCAGCGUUUAUGACGACCUGGGCAGGGCAAGUCCUUCACAGGCGCUGCGAGAACAUGUCCAGCAAAGCCGCUUGAUGGGUCCACCGGUCAAUAUUCCUCCGAUCAAUAUCGCUGAGGCUCCUGCAGAUGAGUACAGUGCUACAGAGGUGGCCACACCCAGUAUUCGGGGCACUCCAGAUUUCAGAGCAACCCACUUUCCAGCAGUCCAGCCUGGACAGUCUCCUGCACAGCCUAGAAAUGUGGCGCCUCCUCGAUCGUUACCACAAAAUGCGACAAAUCAAGCGAAUAGUUUGCCAAAUCCGACUGAACCGACGCCGCCUCCUACAACGACCAUGGGCCCAUCUCUUUCGAUACAAGAAAUGUGCAACACCAUACAGGAUUAUGGCCGAAGAAUCAAUAUCCUCGAAGGCGUCUCUUUCUCGCACAUGCCGAGUGACGAAGUUCAGGAAAAGUUCGAUCUUCAAGACUCCAGACUUAUUGACUUGGAGUCGUGGCGUACGGAACAGGACGAAGCUCGAGCAGCGGAUGACAAUGACGAGAGGAUGGAGGGAGUUGGACGGCGCUUAGAUGAGCUCGAGACUUGGCGUUCUGAACACGAAAGGUCAAAGAGCAGUCAAGAGGAUUAUGAAGUGCCAGAAUCAUCUGAGAACAAGAGGAGACGUCUUCUUCCUGACGCAAGCUCUUUGGCUUCGGAUGACGGCUCAUUCGACGAGAAUGCGGCUGCCCAGACUGAAGCUGUAGUGCUUGCAACUCUUGCUGCAAACGCAGAGACUGGUCCACGAAUCGAUGCGCUCGAGUCGAGAAUCGCCAGCCUUGAGCAUGUUGCAAUGCCGUCGGCCGCUCGCCCAUGGCACAUUUCCGUCGUUGUUCUCCCCUUUGGUCGGCAACUACCCGGCAUCUGGUUCUCUUCUAGCGAGUCCACGCAGCAUUCGAUCCGGACUGCCACACAGACAUCGGAAGACUGGCCCACUCAUCAGUCGAUGUUGAAAACAUCCUUCAGAUCCAACGCUAGCAGCGGCGCUUGGACAACAGAGUCGAUUGAAGCAUGGGCGAAACAAACUGAAGACGAAUGGCUUUCGCCGAAGGCUUGUGGUCCAUCUGGAACCGUGUUUCAGAGAUUGGCGAGCCGUGGCCUGGUCCGUGAUGUGGUACUACAAUCGCCAGACCCACAUCACAUCGUCAAUGCCAUCUCGAAUGCUUUUGGCAAUGUUAUUCGCCAGCAAGGGCCACCGGAAGGUGAUAUCGUCCACAAGUAUCAAGGCCUGCAAGCGCGCCUCAUUCCACUUCGAAAACAGCGAAAGUCGAGUCGUCUGCGGUUUCUGAGCCCAGCAGAGAUGGUGACUCCAGCUACGUGGACCGCAGAAUUUCUUGAAGCAAGCGUCUUCAUGAAAGUGAACGAUGGAGAGCGACGACUGUACCUCACCACUACUGAGGGAUACACGCAGCCUGCACGUUUGGGCUGGACGUGGCCUGAGUUGAGAAGCUUGCCUGCCUUCGACGUGGAUGGGAUCGUUCAAGAGGCUCAGAUCGAUGGCGACAUUGUGGAAGCUUGCUGGACCUACAACGACCGUCUGGAUCACUCUACCAGCUUGCACUCCUCCUUUGCCUCAUCACACGAAGAAUCUGGAUGGGACGUGAGUGAAGAUGAUGGUCACGAGGUCGACAAAGAUGAUGUUGUCAUGCUCUCUCCCACUGCUACUCGACAUUCGCGUGUGAGGUCGGCUUCGUUGCCCAGCUCUGCAGUCGAGGCGGAAGUCGCACCCAAGCGAAGAGUAGCAUCAUUCGAACUUGAGCCUACAGCCAGCACAUUUGAAUACUCGCCGGAGUACAUCGCAAAGCGCCGUCGAAUCUCCACGUCCCCGGAACUUGAACGACGGGGAGUAAACUUCACACCUAGAUGGAGUCGCGAGCCACCAUCUCCUUACCUGCAAGAGGAGAUCGGGCAUACCCGGAGCAGCCAGGCGACGAACCGACCAAGGGGAACCACGCCAUUUGCUUAUGCCACGCCGCAUAUUCCGAUCGCUCCAAGUGAAGAUGGAGAAGACACGGAUGAAUGGCAAGGGGUGCAGGAUGGCCCUAACUCGCAAGGGCUGCACGAAAAACUCGACGAACGUCCCGACGGGAAACAUCAUCAGAUGGAUGAGGAGGACAUGGAAGAUGGGUUGUCCAUCUACGAGGCUUGA